ACGGAACCUUCAACAGUUACCACCUGCGACUGGGUUAUCCCUGAAUUCGUUAGGACACCUUUCCUACCAGCUCAAACACAGCCCGAGGAUGUCGGUUCAUUCGAUAUGUCUACUGAAGCAAUAAGACGUAAACAUCAUGUGCCGCGUGGGGAAAGACAAACUAUCAAAGCCCGUCGAAACAAACAAUCUCAAGCAUCCAUUGCAAGGAACGUGACUACUUUGAAUGGGGAUACUAUCGGCGACGCCAACAACAAUGCACAAUGUAGCGUUCCAUGCCAAGCCGCUACCUUGCCAACAAAUGGAAGUGCAGGCAUAACCGAACAAGGAAAUGAGGUGGAGCAUACACAAGAGAAGCCAAGGGUCAUUUCCAAUGAUGAUGAUGAUGAUGAUGAGGCUGUCAUAUUCGGAGAAGAUGAUGACGACGACGAGGGAUACAUAUUCGCUGGCCAAUAUGAGGAGACUGACGAGGACAUCGAAAUCGAUGGUACUCAGGAUGAAUCUACUGGCACUGAUGUGCCUGACCCCUACGACAAGGUAUACAGUAACCUCCCUGAAGAAACGCAUAUGCUGAAGCCUGUUCCUGACUGCGGUUAUUGCACUGCGAAGAAGUUUGAGUACGAGCCACCUGGGUUUUGCUGUCGUGGUGGGAAGGUUGAGCUAGCACCACUGGAUACCCCUCCCCAGCUCAGGAGGUUGUGGGAUAGUGCAGACUCUGAUGCUAAGCACUUUCGUGAUAACAUUAGGUUUUUAAUGUCCAUUUCUCUUUCACUUCCCUAUAUUGCUGCCUCGAUAGUAUGACAACUAAUGUGCGAGAUUCUGGUAUAUACACGUUCUGGGCACAAGGCAUGAUGUACCACAAUAUCAAGUCAUUCGGUAAGGAAGGUGGGUCGGAGCAUAAACAUCUAGAGCUUUACUUUUACGAUGACGAUCCCAGUCUCGAGCAUCGGUACCGUAAGUGUCGUGAAGAGCAGCUUCAGAAAGACAAAGAGGUUAUUAAACAGAUAGUUGGCAUACUCCAUGGAAACCCGUACUCCGAGCACCUUAGGAGCAUGGGCCAUGUUGAGAACCUUGAUGACUAUCAUAUCGCAUUGAACCUUGACCAGACUUUGAACCAGAAGACAUAUAACACGCCUCUCACUUCGGAGGUGGCCGCUGUAUGGAUCAAGGGGAGCGAACGGCGAGGCCAGUUCA